AAGUUCGCAAGUUGGAUGGGGAGACUCUCAAGUGUGUGCUGUAUCUGUGACAGGCUGUGGAGGCUGAAGUUAAGCGACAAACCACGGAGACAGGCAAAGCCUCUAGGGGGCCAUGUCUGGUGGCAGUACUAACAACAACUGGACCAUCCUCACUUCUGAGGAGACUGUCGCUGAAACCCUAAAGCCUUUGGCACCAGGGACAGAGCACCAUGAAGAAAGCCCAACAUCUGCAGCAGGUUCUGGGGAGAACCAGCCUGCAAACAGUGCAGAGUCUGCAGAGGGGCUCCCCGUGGAGGACCACCUGGUAUCAGAAGAAAAAACAGCAGAGCUGAGUGAAGAGCCAAGCACAGAGCAUCACACCUCCGAGCCCGCCGCCAUCACUGAUGCCCCUGUUCCCACCUCUCUGGAAGUCUCCGGCAGUGAUGCACUCAGCCAGUCAGAGGGCCUACCCGAGGGCCUGCCACAGUCCAGUCCUGACCCCGAUUCAUUUUCUGACUCUUACUCCCACAUAACCCCCUCCCCUGAUGAGCCGUCAGCUUCACUGCUGAGCACAGAGACUUUGGGAGGGGGGGAGUUUACCCAGGAAGAAGAGAGCCUCACACAGGAAGGAGCACUGCAGCAACUGAAUGGGGAGGAGCUGCAACAUGAAGGGGAGCAGUCAGACCUGUUUCCAAGAACAGCCGACUUAGGUAAACAGGCAGACUCCCCUGUGGAUACAGAGGUGGGUGAGGAGAGGGCUGAGAAGACAGGAGACGAGGCCGAGCCAGAGGUUAGGAGAAGGAGGUCUCUCUUAGCAACUCUGGAGCGGGUCGGAAGGAUGGAGGAGGAGGAAGAGGGAGGAGAGGAAGAGUUCCAGCUGCCACAGCGGGAGGAAGACAGCGGGUUCUCUUUGAACAAGUGCAUCCUGGGUGCUGUCAUUCUGUUAGGCCUUGGCACCAUCUUUUACUCAGGUGUCCUCAUGAACCUGGAUGAGGAGAGUGACUAUGGUACAAUGGAGCUGAAGGAUGCAGAGGUACCUGGAAAACAGGAGUGGCUUAAUGCAGAGGUUCCUCCGCCCCCGGUAGUUGCUGACAAUACAGAGCUUCUAAAUAAGUUAGCCAAAGGGAACCAGCAGAUUUCUGUGCUACAAGCCCAACUUCAGGCACAGAAAGAAGAGCUAAAAGUAGCCAAGGGACAGGCAGCAGAGGGAGCAAAGGAGCGGCUGCGGUGGGAAGAGGUGGAGAAGGAAAACAGUAGGUUGAAGAAAGAGAUGACAUCUCUCCCUGUCCUUCAGAAAGAGAACGAGAGGAUGAAGAGAGAGCUGGAGUCUGUCCCGGCCCUACAGAAAGAACUAGAAACACUGAGAUCCACUGUGACUGAAUUAAAACUCUCCACAGCAGCCAGUGAAGCAGCUCAGGAGCCUGUGAAGCCCGCCGCAUCGCCCCCCGGUGGCCAGCCAGAGGACAGCACGCAGGGCACAGCUGCAUCAACAGAGAGACCGCCUAAGAAGCAAUGGGAUGACCAGAGGGAGAAGAAGAGCGACGUGAGGAAUGAUAAAGGAGACGUAGUAGUCGAGAAGGAGCGGAAAGAGAGAGGCAAACCUGAAUUGAAGGAGGGAGGGAAAAAGGAGCACAAAGAUAGAGGUAAAACAGAAGAGAGAAAGGGAAAACCUGAGCAAAGAAAGUUCGACAAGGAGAAAGAUAAGGAAAGUAAGGAGAAGAAACGAGGAGAUGAGACAAAACAAUGGAAGGAGAAAGACUGGAAGAAAGAGAAGGUUAGCAGAGGGGAUGAAGGGAAGCCAUGGAAGGAUAGAGAAGGGAAGAAAGAGUGGAUAGAAAAGAGUGAGAGGAAGGAGAAAGACUUGAAAAAGGAAAAACAUGAGAAAGUGAAGGAGGGUAAACAGUGGAAGGGUAAAGAGGAGAAGAAGGAUUGGAAAGUAGGCAAAGACCAUGGAGAGAAGCACAAGAGUAAGGAGGAAUGGAAGAAGGGGAAAGAUGGUUUGAAGGAAAGUGGCAAAGAGAAAUGGGAGAAAAUAGACUGGAAGGAGAAAGGUGAGAGGAAAGAGUGGAAGAGUAAAAAUGACAAAGGUCAUACUAAGGAGUGGAAAGGAAAGGGUGAGAGGAAAGAGUGGGAAGAGAGCAAGAAUCAUGGUAGAGAAAAGAAGGGGAAGGACGAGAGAAAACAGUGGAAUCAGAACGAGCGUAAGAGUAAAAAUGCUAAAGAUGAUAAAGAGUGGAGAAGGAAAGACGAGAGGAAACAGUGGGGAAAGAAAGAAGAAACAGGGAAGAGAGGUGGAGAGAAAGACAACAAACACAAUGGAGAGUGGAAAAAGGACAAAUCAAGUUCCCAGAAACACAAAGAUGAGCACAAACACAAAGAUGAGCACAAACACAACGGUAACCACGGCCACAAGGAGCAGCACCUGUGGGGAGAUGGGAAGUCUCCUCACACACACAGCCGACCCUCCCUGGAACAGCCAGAGUACUGGUCCCUGCAGAGAGACCGCCUCCAGCACAACCCCAAACCACCACAGCAGUGUGACUCACCCGAGACCUGCGCUCAGGCCGAGGGGCUGCUCCCCGUCCCCUUCCCCGAGUUUGAGGCCGUCCUCCAAACUUACCUCGCCAAGGCAGAGGAGGCGGGAGUGGAGGAUUCCCGAAGAGAAGAGCUCAAAAAGCUGGCCGCCGAGUUCUUCAGGGACGGAGUCUUCGUCCACGACCAGAUGAGCUUUCAGGAGUUCGCCGAAGAUCUGGGAGAUAUUUUGGAAGACAUGGUGGAAGGAGAUGAGGACAGCGACACAGAGGAAGAGGAUAGCGACAGCGAAAUAGAGGAAGAGAUGGAGGGGUUUGAAAAAGAAGUCAUGCAAAAGUUUUCGGUCCCAGGAGCACUAGAGAAAGAGAAAGAGGAGAGAUCCAAAGGAGAUUGGAGGAAGGAGAGCGGACGAGGACGCGGCUGAUGAAGUGAUAGAAUUGAUGGAUCUGUCAAAAGUAGCUUAAGAGCCGUCAUGACAGAUGAGGGGUUAUUCAAAGGGAACAUUUUUUAUUGGACCACAAACGCUUACAAGUACACAUCUAUCAUCCUGUCAGCCUUUCUACAGGAUCUUAUUUUACCCCUUACAUCUGUUGUCCAAGAAGUGCAACUUAUAAUUUAAUGUCACUGGUUUGGGUUGUUUUGUAUUUUACCUAUGCACAUGCACACACAAUAGUACUUUGUAAUGUCUUUGCAUCUACAAAAUGUUUUCUGGAAGGACUUAAAGGGAUAGUUGUGAUUCUUUUUUUUUUUUUUUUGAGUGGGAUUGUAUGAGGUGCUUAUCCAGAUUUGGUGUGUUCACCAAAGUAACACAGUAACACAAACAAACCAACCAAUCAAGGUAGCAGUAGUUCUGCAAGAUACAGUUGGUGGUUUUCUCAAUAGUGUGGUGACUUUGAAAAGAGCAUUGAACAGCUUUAGUUAUCUGUCAAAAAGGGCUGAAAUGCAAAGCGUUAAAAAAUAUUGUAAAACUUAAACUGAUACUGUUUUCUUUUUUUUAGGUGACAAAUAUAUUUUAUUGUUGGCCCUGUCCACACCAGUAUAUUAUUUAACUUCUGCAUCGGUACUUCUGCCUGCUUAUCCAAACUGGGGGCAUGCUGACCGCCAUCUACUUUAGCCAAUAAACAGACUAGAGAUAAGUGCCUCAUACAAACCCAAUUCAAUAAAUAUGAUCCAUCCCUUUAAGAGAGAAGCAGCUAAAAGCUACAGAUGGUAGUGAAGCAUAAUGCACGGAUUACAAAACUGUUGUGCACUUUGUUCUAGUGUUAAAUUCAUAAAAAAAACCCACGUCUAUUUUAUUUGUAACUGAGCACCUGCAGCUAAUAUUAAACGUCUGUUGGUGUGAAAUUCACCUCUGCACACUGUGCCACAUUCUCCCUUUGCAUAUGGAGAUAAAACCUGUUCUACUGAGUUUGAUGCUACUCUGCUUUGACUCUGAUGCAGGAAUAGAUUCUGUGAAGUCUUAUUCACCUCUUCUUCUGCAGACGGCACCCUGCAGUGCUGCUGUUUGCCUAUUCACUGAUCACACACUGUACCCACUGUAUGCCAUCUUUGUUUUAAUGGCUAAUUAAGAGCCCGGCUCUUAUUGCAGGUUAUCUUUAAUUUGUUAGUUUUUAGAAAGGGUGGAGUGAUCUGCAGGGGGGGAAAAAAGUUUAGUAAUUAUUUUAUAUUAAAUUAGGAAAAAGUCUGCAUUGAUUUUGUUUUGAAUGUUUGUACAUAUUGCAUUGAAUAUGUUUAAGAACUUUGCUGGAACACAGAAAUAUAUAAGUAACUUAUUUUACAGAUGUUUGCAUAAUAUAGAUACAGAUAUAAUUGGUUGGCACAUAAGAUAUCCACAUGUUGAGCAUGUAUGUUUCAAUUCAGGUACAGAACUCAUGUUGUGCACUAAAAUGUCCUUAAUUAUUGUUUUAAUGAAUGUAACAUUUGUGGUCGUGGCACUUGGUUUAAAAAGAUUUUUUUUUUCUUUGCUAUCUGUUUACACGCUAACUUAUUAAAUUAUGUUUAAAGGGCUUAGAGCCACAGAGAGAUUAUCAGGCUGUUGAUGCAGAAACACAUGCUUUGUGGCAGCUUAGUCAACUUUGUAUGUUAUGAUGUUCAUACCUGCCUCUGUUACUGUCACAAGAGCAGAAAAAUAAAUUUGGUGCAUCCCUGUAAUGAAAUAA